AUGCUGUUGGCCACAUGCCUCGUUUUGUCCUCCGCAGUGUUUCCAGCCUACCUUUCGUUCCUGUAUCCAACUCAGAGGUUCCAGUUUGUGGGUACUGGAGAGUCGGCCCAGAUUCCGUGCACUUCUGCCGAAAAAACUGAGGACGGAGGGUUAUCAUUCAGUUGGUAUAAAAGAAGAGAAAGCAGUUUGCCAGUUUUAAUCAAACAUUGUAUUGAUGGAAAAACCGGGGACAGAUUUGUCUGCAGAUCUGAAGCUUACAGUCAAAACUCAGUGCUGGAGAUCUUGAAUGUCCAGAGGUCGGAUUCUGGCAUUUAUUUCUGUGUCACAAGAAAUUAUAAUGUCAGCAAUGGAUUAUACCUACUGAUUGUUGGAGACAGUUAUACCCCGAGCACGCGGGUGAUGCUUUUAAAACCCUCUAAGCAAGGGCCGUCUUCCCAGUUGGGGAACCAGCUUGCUUGCGUGGUCCAUGGAGCGAACAACUUAGUCCAGGUUUCCUGGGACGUCCCGGGAGAUCUCCCGCCUGAGGCCUGGACCCUUUUAGCAAAAAACAACAGUGGAUCUUUAACCUUCGUCAGUCUCCUUCGCUUCCCUGUGGAAUUACACAGCAGUGGGGGAAAUAUCACCUGCAAAGUCAGGUUCAACUCCUCCAGCACCAGCGUUAAGAAGAGCGCUGUGUUCAAUGCAUCUUCUUCCACAGACGAUCACGGGAACUGCCAAGUCUACACAGUGUCCUUCGCUGUCAUGGGAGUGUUGGCAUUACUGCUCAUCUUCCUGAGUUUUAUUUGGGUCCGAAUUGGCCUUUCCAGGCCAGGUAAUAUGAGGAGCUACACCCCGGGAAAGAACAAUGACAAUAUGCCCUAUGAUGGAAUUUGCUACGCCCAACUGGACUUCCAGGCAAAGACCCAAGAUGAGAGGAAGAGAAGACCAGCAGCGCAAGGGAAGAAAUCCAAAAUUUUGAAGGACGUCUGAGAAGCAUCAGUUGCUAGACUC